AUGGAUGCUCCCAACACAGAAGCCAAGACGCUCUAUAGCGCCGGGCGGGAUAGUCUCGCACGUUAUCAAAGCUCUCAUUCUCUCCACGAUCUCGAUGAUGCUGUUGGUAAACUGCAGCGGGCCAUCGAGCUCGCGCCUGAUGAAAGCACGAAGGCUGCGUACCUGUCAUAUCUCAAUAACUUGCUGUCAAUGCGCUUCAUGGCCAAAGGCGACGUUGCAGACAUUAACUCCGCCGUGGACUCUGGUAUUGCUGCUGUUGAAGCCGUACCAGAUACUUCGACGGAGAAACCCGCGUUGCUGGCAAACCUGGGGAACGCAUUGCGCCAGCGGUUCAGUCGUCUGGGCGAUAUUUCCGACGUGGAUCGCGCCGUUGAGGCAUACCGCCGUGCUUUCGAACUCGCUCAGUAUGAGGAUGAACGUCUACCUUAUUUCAUAUUGAACUUCGGGUUGACGCUACGCACGCGCUUCGACGUGACCGGGCGUUUAGGGGACCUGGAAAUGGCAAUCAGCUCGAUAAGACAAUCCCUGGUCUCCAUUCCUCCGGAGAGUAUACACCAUGCAACAUGCCUCAACAACCUUGGUCUUUGCCUGAUGCGUCUCUUUGAACGCUCCUUGGAUCCUCAAGAUAUCGACGAGGCCGUGGAGAAGUGCAAACUCGCAGUUCAGCAGACGCUAGAUGAAGACCUGCGCAAGAGUGCCCGCUGGCACACCCUGGCCAUGGCACUUGAUGCUCGUUCAACGUGGUUGAAUCUUAACGACAUUGAAGACCUCGAUGCUGCCGUAUAUGCAGCCGAACGAGCGGUCUCCGCUUUACCCAAUGGUGCCAUUGAGAAACCCACGUGUUUGAAUACGCUGUGCCUAGCCCUCAGACGGCGCUUACAGACGACGCAUCGGAGGAGCGAUAUGGACGACAUGAUUAGCGCGCAACAGAAGGCAGUUCAGCUCUGCCCGGGUGAUAGCCCGCGGAGGGCGAUGUUUCUGGAUACCUUUGGGAUCGUAUUGCUCGAUAAGUAUCGUGAAACGCACGACGUCGCUAUCCUUGACGCUGCUGUGAACGCUGCGCAACAGGCGGUCGAAUACUCGACUGCGGCAGACUCUCACCAGGGCUGGCGCCUGUUCCAUAUGGCCAUCGCGCUCGAAGAGCGAUUCUACCUUUCGAAGCAGCGCGCAGACAUUGACUUGGCCAUCAGUGUCACUGUAUCCGCCAUAAACACCGUCCUUCCUGAGGAUGUUUUUCGCGGGACAAGCUUUCAGCUCCUCGCGCACCUGCUCUACUUCAAGCAUGAUAUUUUGGGCGAUCCGCUAGAUGUCGAUACAAUGAUCACUGCUCUUGAGGUGGUCGCAAGGUCACCCGGUACAGCAAGAGCUCGAUUCAUUGGGGCCCAAUCGUGGGCUACUGCCUUGAGAGAUCAUCGCGGACUUACGGCUUCCGUGGAUGCGUGGAAACUUGUGAUAGAACUGAUACCAUCGCUCUUGUGGAUAGGAGCCCGGGUCGAAGAUGAUCACACCGUACAUUUCUUACAGGUUGUGGAGCAAACAUUGCCGGGGGCUAUCGAGGCGGCUUUGGCGAGUGACGACGGUGCAGUCAUUGGAUAUGCAGUCGAAUGGCUCGAGGAAGGCAGAUCCAUUGUAUGGGGACAAUACGAUGAUCUACGAGCCCCGCUUGACCUCAUACGCGAGUCCGACGCCCGCUUGGCUGAGGAGUUGGAGAUGGUGUCAAAACGAUUGGCUAGUUUUGAUGUCGACGAGAGUCCCAUUCCCAGUUCGGGCAUACAAUCUCUCUCCUUACUCGAUCCAGCACGCGCGGAUACUGGCCCGGCACGGCGGGCGCUUGCUCAAAAGUUUGAGCGUCUAGUGAAUCAGGCUCGCCAAUUGCCACGAUGCGCCGGCUUUCUUCACCAGAAGUCUCUCGCCGACCUUCAACCUGCAGGAACUCAUACGCCCAUUGUCAUGCUCCAACAGCACGACACAUUUUGCCGAGUCGUUGUACAACUACCUCCUGGUAGCCAAUUCUAUUCCUUCGAAGUUCCGUUCACGCUCCAGAUGGCCGAGCGAGCUCGAGACGCGGUGCACGGUUCCCUCCAGACUGCACCUAUUCGCGGGGGGAGUCGGGCGUCGUUCAAUGUCUCGACGACCACAUCUCAGCGGCGAUGUAUAUUCGAAAGAGCGUUGCGAGUAAUAUGGAUCGAGCUCGUACGGCCGAUCUUGGACAGGAUCAAACCUCGUUUGAAAUCUGCAUCGCCGGGUGAAUUGCCACGGGUUACCUGGUCGCCUACAGGGAUACUGGCCUUCCUGCCGUUUCAUGCUGCAGGUGAUUACGUUGGCGAGACGCCCGAGGCCAUCUAUGAUCGUGUCGUGUCGUCGUACACGCCCAACCUCACCGUGCUCGUGAAUGGCGUACAGAGGCAAAAGUCCGGGCUCAAUGACUUGUCUGCCAAACCCACGCCUCGGAUAUUGGGCAUCUCUCAGCCCGAUACUCCCGGUCAACCGAGCCUACCCGGCACUCGGGUUGAGAUCCAGAAGCUGGCGGAGACGACCUCAAAUCUCACAUGGUUGGAUGGCGAGACCGCCACGCGCCGUACUGUACUGGAGCACAUGAAGCAACACGCCUGGGUGCAUCUGGCGUGUCACGGCGUACAAGAUCCCAAGCGCUUCACAGACAGCGCUUUCAUGCUGCAUGACGGCCCUCUGCGUCUCAAAGACAUCAUGGCGCAGUCGUUUCAGCACACCCAAUUCGCGUUUCUGUCAGCCUGUCAGACCGCCACGGGAGACCGACGCUUCCCCAACGAGAAUCUGCAUCUUGCUGCGGGACUGCUGCACGCGGGGUUCGGUAGUGUAUGCUCCACGAUGUGGUCGAUACAGGACGAGGACGGGCCGGUCGUAUCGGAACAGUUCUACGCGUCGCUAUUCGGCGAUGGCGGCGACGUUCAGCGGUCGGCGUAUGCUUUGCAUAAAGCGGUUGCACAUCUGCGGGAGCGUGUGGGCGUGAAGGAGUUCGUGCGAUGGGUUCCUUUCAUACACUUUGGCCUCUGA